AUGCAGAAAGAAAAUAAGAUAGCAAUGUUUACCUACCGGAGAGAAGUCCGGCACUUCCUCGAUACGAUUCCUAUGUUAAGAAAUCCGACGGAAGUUUCGCGAGCAAAAAUUAGGGCAUUGUUAUAUCAGAGCUACAAGGAGAUGGCGUCUUGGAGCAAAAUUCAUCAAGCAUUUUUUGGAUUUAUUUGGCACGGUUUUGACAAUUGUAUGCAGAGCUGGUUUGGUCUAACUGCCAUCUUGGUUUUGAAACUUGAAAGAAAACAUGGAAUUUGGUUGAAGCAUUCGAAGGCAAGGCAUGAUGAAAGUUACUUGGAGAAAAUGAAGAAAUCUUAG